CACUCUAUGUUGCCUUCAUAGACCUGACAAAAGCAUUUGACCUUGUCAGCCGUGAUGGCCUGUUUAAGAUCCUUGCAAAGAUUGGCUGUCCACCUACCUUACUCAGCGUUAUUAAGUCCUUCCAUGAUGAUAUGAAAGGCACAGUGGUUUUCGAUGGAUCAACAUCCAAUCCCUUCGAAAUACGCAGUGGUGUUAAGCAAGSCUGCGUCCUUGCUCCUACUCUCUUUGGGAUCUUCUUUUCCAUCUUGCUGAAGCAGGCAUUCGGCUCUUCCACUGAAGGUAUUUACCUCCGUACCCGGUCUGACGGGAAUCUUUUCAAUCUCWCCAGACUAAGAGCCAAAACCAAGAUUCGUAUGGUAUGCCUACGAGACUUUCUCUUCGCUGAUGAUGCUGCCAUCACAACCCACUCAGCUAGUGAUCUACAAAGGCUUAUCGAUAAAUUCAGCUCAGCCUGCACAGAUUUUGGCCUCACUAUUAGUCUGAAGAAAACCCAAGUCAUGGGACAAAAUACAGACUCUCAGCCAAACAUUCCAAUUGCCGACUACACACUUGAGGUUGUCCAUUACUUUGUCUACCUGGGCUCUACUAUCUCUGAUACUCUUUCCCUUGACACAGAGAUCUAUCGACGCAUUGGAAAAGCGGCCACCACUAUGUCCCGACUUACCAAAAGGGUAUGGAGAAACAGAAAGUUAACUGAGCACACCAAGAUACAAGUGUACAAAGCAUGUGUGAUGAGCACCCUCCUAUAUGGGAGUGAGUCAUGGACUUUACACUCUUAUCAAGAACGAAGGAUAAACAACUUCCACAUGCGUUGCCUCAGGCGCAUUCUUGGAAUCACCUCGCAGGACAAAGUGUCAAAUAACAUCGUCCUGGAAAGAGCUAGUAUCUUAAGUAUUUUUGCCUUUUUAAAGCAUAGACGUAUACGUUGGAUUGGGCAUAUGAUACGUAUGGACGAUGGGAGAAUCCCAAAAGACAUUCUMUACGGAGAGCUCAUCGAGGGAAAACGUCCAAUUGGCAGACCAAAGCUACGAUUCAAAGAUAUUUGCAAGCGUGACUUAAAAUCACUCCGCAUCGACCUAGGCAAAUGGGAAUCCAUCGCUGCUGAUCGAACAUGCUGGAAGCACUCAGUGAACGAGGCCAUCUCGCACUUCGAGACUUCUCUCAGACAGCAGCGUGAUGAGAAAAGACUGCAAAGAAAACACCGCAGCAAGAUAACUCAACCAUCUUCAUCUAACUUCAUCUGCCCCAAAUGUCAAAAGGACUGCCAUGCCUUCAUUGGCCUAACAAGCCACACGAAACACUGUUUCUAG